ACAUUUGCUGAACUGGUUUUGGCUGGGCUGAAUAAAACGAGACAGGGGAAAGGUUUUAACGACUAAUAGUGUCAUGGCUGCCGAAGUGACGCGCUGUGAAACCGAGCAAAAUAUCCAAAGUGAGCAAAUCGUGAAAUUAACUGAAUAUUGUGAAUAGAUUUAUUUACAAUUGGAUUCGUGAAAUGUGAAGCCGAACGCAUCAAAAAAUGAAAAUAAUAUGGAAAAGUGAUGAAAAAGUGUUAGAAAAACUAAAAAUAACUCGAAAAUUAUACAAAAUAUGUGGUGUAUUAAUUUAAGCAUGUGAACAAAUAAUUUGGCUUCAAAAAAGGAAAUAAAAUUCACAAGCAUAGACGACAGCUUGGAUUAAAUGUGUAGAAUCUAAGCAUUUCGAAAACGAUUAACUCGUGUUUUGAUGUUUGUUUUGAGUUUUUUAUUUCUCUCUCUCGUUCGGACUAAUACAAUCGGUAACAUUUGCAUUUGAUAUUUUACAUGUUACGAGUGUGCUGAAAAAAAUUCAAUGGAUUUGAUAUCGCAUCAAAAUGCUAAAAAUUAUGAACUCAUGUCGAAAAAAUCACAAGAAAAAGCAUUCAUAUUACCAGGGUAAAUCGAAUGCUAAACCAAGUCGAAGAAAUUAAACAAUCAACAUCAUCAACAACAUCAUCAGUGUAAAAAUCGAAAGGAAAACAAUAAAAGUGUUUGUUUAUGUUUUGAGAUUGGUGAUGUGAUACGGCUGCGUGGGACUCAUCGAUAUCCGACACACGACGACGAAAAUGGAACGCUCACAAAUCGUGCAGAAGUUUGCCACUGUGGCCGAACAUGCAGAACAGUGUUAUGAUUUUGAUAUACAGGGCAAUUUGGAUACAUUCUUUCGCUGCCAACGGAGUGAUAUCAAUUUUAGUGAAGCGGCCUUUCUCAUUUUUGACGCAGCACGUAUUUAUGGCCGAAAAGUGGAUUAUUUCGAACAAAUUCUACUGGAUUUUAAUCAACGUAGUGCAACAAAUGUGUCCAGAGCUCUGGCCGAACGGGAACGAGACGGUGAGAAUGCAACAGGAGAUGAUGGCGGUAAAAAGAACAAAAAGGCAGAAGAACAGCGCGAGAAACGUGAACGAGAGAAAGAGAGAGCGUUGAAACGAGCUAAGCGUAUGCUUAAAGUGACCAGCCGUGUGGAAUUCAAACCAAAACCUUUCGAAAUGGUUUCGUCGGAACAAAUUUCACUGAAUCUUCAUGAGCAACGCAGUGAACUCGAAUGCGAAGAAGAAUUCGAUCAGUUGCGAAUGAAGAAUGUCUUUCCGCGAAUUAACGUGCUGCAGAGUAAUCUUCAGAAUAAUAAUACAUUUUACGAUAAUCUCGGCAUUGAGGAGACCGAUUGUGAUAAUUUGGAUUCGUUGCGUGACUUUCGAAUAUUCAUGGACACCAUUGACGAGCCAAUAUUCACACGACCCAUGACUGGGAAUCAAGCCGACCCAAAAUACGAGCAAGAGUACAAACGAUCAAUGGAACGCGCCAAUCAGAAGCAUUCCAACAUCUACCUGCCGGCCGAUUACAUCAAAGAGAACUAUGGCAUCACGUUAAAGGAUAACAAUGAUUAUUUGAAUAUGCUCAAGUACAAUGAGGAAGUUGAACGGCUAAAUCUUCGAAAAUUAUCCAUUGAACAAUUGAGCAAACUGAAGGUAGGCACUUAUUUGAACAAUAUUUUGCAUGGCAAUAAACAAGAUGGUAAAAUUGCGGAACACGAUUCUGGCAUCGAUUUGGAUGAUGACAUGGAUCGUGAUUGUGAACCAUCUGUGCCAGACUUCGAUUGCGAUAACACCAACGGAUUCGAUGAAUUGAGCACAUUGAGAGAUGAUCAGCGUCUGCAAAUGACCGAUCUAAGCACAAAUGAUGCAUCCAAAGGAGAUGCAGAUAUGCUCGACAUUAGUGCAAUUCUAUCGGACGAAGCAAUGGAACAAUCAUCCACCGCUGGACAAUCACUUAACUCAUCGAACGAUGAUCCAAUGGGAGAACAAUCAGUCAACACAACGAAUGCAGAUUCGGUGGCCGAACAAUCACUUAACACGACAAAUGCGACAAACAAUUCAGAGUUGGAAACAAGCGUUGAUGCAGCUAAUUCAAGUCUAGAAACAUCCAAAGAACUCGACGGGCGGAUCAGUUCGCGCCAAAGUUUGGACGAUGGCAUCGGAGUUUCGGAAUGCAAUUCACCAACACGACUCGAAGAUCUGGAAACAUUUGAAGGCUUCAAUUCAACGGAAAUUGUUGGCUGCGUUGAAAUUGAUGAAUUGAAUGGAAUGCUGAAUGCAGCUGGUGAAGCCGUCAUAUUAAAAGCUAAAGUGCCUGAACUCGAUACGAAUAUCUUUCAAUUGCCAGAAAAUCUGUUGCGUCGAAAUAAGAUUUUCGCACUAACGGAGGAGUUUGAAUUGUGGAUGGCGGGGAGAAAGCGAAAGUAUGGUAUGCUCAACAAAGACCCACCAAACUGCGGAAAACUGAUCAAAUUGAGCAAUGGAGUCAUAAUACGAUGUGACCCCGACAGUGAUGUCGAAGAAUUUUUGGGCUUCGACGAGAAUAACGAGAUGAUAACGGCACCCAGUACAAUCGUAUUAGAACAAAACCCAGCUGUAAUUGCCAAUCGAACAUGCUCUUCUGAUUCAGGCAUUAGUCCUGAGAAAACAUUGAAUACCGGCGAUGAAUGCAAUCAAUCGCCAACGAAUGUGCCGAGCGGCACGGAGGAAGUCAAUGGUUCGGGCGUGGCUGAAUUGAACGGUACAAUCGGCGAAUUGAAUAGUUCGGCAGACGGAACAAUUACUGAGAGCCAAGAAACACUGAAUGGUACAAUUGAAAAUGCAGAAGAAUCUGUACAAGAGACUGAUCUGAGUUUGUCUGACGCUAAUGUUAAUGCAAACUCCACUAAAUUAUUUAACGAAACCGCAUCGAUUGUAACGGGAUUUGAUUCGGGUUUUGGCGAGUUAGAAAGCCAAUUGGAAUCAAGCGCUGGACUAGAUGACACAAAUAAUAUGGAAGCAACUACAAAUUUUGACACGGCAAAAGAUGCAGAAACCAGAGAAACUCAACACGAAGAUACUAAACCAUUGGACGACUGUGAAGACGAUCAUAUCGAUGAAGAUCCGAAUGAUGAUCAAAAGGAGGAAACUGCACGAGCAGAAGGUUUUACUGAUAUGUUAGAGCGUGUUAGUAAAUGGCAUCAGAUGCUACGUCCAGUACUGGCUAAUUGCGAGAAGCGAAACAAUUUUGACAUACAUGCACUGGGCACGGAUAUCAUCGAUAUGUUCCCAUCAGAGGAAGAAAGCAAUCCAACUGAAAUCAGUUUCACCGAUGUGAUGCAAGGACGCGACCAAACAUACACAGCACGAUACUUUUUGUCUCUACUACUUUUGACAAACACUAAAAAUGUCCAACUAAAAGUCAUGCAUCCGGAGCAAAACGGUACGGUGAUAUGCUCGAAAGAUGAUAUUCGAAUUAAAUUGCGAUCACGAACGCGACAUUUAGACGAAGUCAACAAAAUCGAUCAACAUUUGAACGACCCAAAAUCACGAGUGAACAUCAGCAAUUCAGGCAAGACGAUAAACACGGAAUACGGUGAAGACGACGCUCCAAUUCAAAGUACUAGCAAAGCUGCUCACGGUAAAAAGACGGCACAAAAACGGAAACGGAAUGCUUAAUUAACAACUUUUAAUUAAUCUAAGAAAAUAUAAGUGAAAAUGGAGCUACUGUUUAUUAAUAUAAGAAAAAUCCAACUCUAGCGUUAGGGUCUGUAAUCAUAAAAUUAAAAUGUUUUGUAUACAUGCAACAAACUGUGAAUAGCGUGCAAUUCAGAUAGAUUAGCAUGAAAAUUGGAAAAAUGUAUUUCAGGUUAAGAAAAUGUGAAUAUGUAAAAAAUUUGUUUAUUUUGGGUUUUUGAAAUACCCAAACUAUGGAACAUAUUCAAUCUAGUCUCGCUAUUCAAGUUCAAUUAUUUUUUUAGCACCCAAAUUGUUUUUUUUUUCAUCCCAAGCACAACAAAUGUCAUAAAUUGUAAAAGUAUUUUAAGUCAACACAAACAAAUUAUCACAAACAAAUCCAGACCAUAAAAAACAACCGUUCACAAAAAUAUCAUUCAAGCUUUAAAUUAUGAGGCUCUCUUUUACACUAAUUUCAAACGAAGGGAAUGUCAUCGCAUUGCAUCACAUCAUUAGAAUAGAUUCCAUUGCAUUGUCGUAAUUUACUGACCAAUUUUAAUUAUAAUUUAUAUCAUUUUGCAUGCAUAAGUUCAUUCACCGACUGACUUCGAAACUCGGAUACCAUAUAUAGAAUUAUGAUAAUUUAGCUAUUUCAUUUUCGUCUUUUGACCGAUUCAUUUAGACAAAUUUGUUUCAGCGGACAAAGAUUUUAUAGAAUGCAUAUUAUGAAAAAUUAGAUUUUAGAUCUGAAUUGUUGUAGGCAAUUUUAUGUGCAUUUUGAAUGGAAUGAAUGUGAAUCCAUGGAAGAAAAAAUAAAGAAUAUAUUUUUGAUGAGAAA